AUGCCCGCCUUCUUCUCGAAAACACCUACAUCUCUACUCUCUUCUCUCAGACACAGCUCCUCUACAACAUCCACCGCUCAUCUCACUCACACGACUCGACUCAACAUGCCUUCAAUCAACGUCUCUCUCAAGGAUGGUGCCGAUGCAUCUCAGCUUGAUGCUGNCCAAGAAGCAGGUCACCGACCAGGGCGGCAAGAUCACUACCGAGUUCAAGCUGAUCAAGGGCUUCACGUACCGNCCGAGUUCCCCGAGGACAAGGCCCACACCCUCUCGUCCAACGACCACAUCAACGUUGAGAACGACGGCGAAGUCAGAACCCAGUAG